AUGGAACCCAACCUUAAACCGAAUGCCUUGAAGCUUGGUAUCACUUCUGCAUCGGAACGAGAGGAAGGUCCUCAAGAAAAUUCACCCCCAUAUUCUGUACGGAAGCAAACGAACCCAUCAGAUAAUUUCCAAUCAUCGCAAACCCAGCUAGGCUCCGGGAUGUACCUAGGCAACUUCAGCAAAGAUAAAAGCCAUCUCGCCCCCUCUCCCCCCACUGAUCUGAAAGUUUUUCCUUCCGAAAUUUUACCGAAAUCAACUUACCAGUGGCGGGCAUCCAUGGAUGCAUGUAAGAGGUAUACAGAAGGUAUACCGUGGAAGUUCAAAGGUACUGAGGCCCGCGUGCGCAUGAGCAAGCAUUCAUCUCUUGUUCGCCGGGGACGGAAGGCUUUUCCGCCACAGAAGGUCGAGAUUCAAACACCACCAAACGACCCGUCAAUACGAGAUGUUCCCAAACCCGAUCCAACGGAAAAGGGAACAGGCAAAUUCGCCUUCUGCCAGUGCUGA